UUACCGUUGUUGUGUUUUGGACGUUCAUGCGAUAAUGGACUGGUUCUAAAUUUCUAAUUGGCAGGACGAAUUUGGCGAUGGAGGACUUUGAAAAAUGGCUUUCCAGCUUUUUCUGCCUCCUCUCCCAGCUUUGUUUCGACAAGGCCAAAGAGCUCCUGGACAGAGAAAAAGAAAUCGCAAGGCCAGGACUAAAGCCAUUUUUCACCCAGCUCACCUCGUUUAUGGAAGCAGAGAAAUCCUAUUUAAACCUUGGCUUUCUAUCAAGUAAAAAUAAAAUGUUUCUAAGAAAAGAGACAUCUUUAAAAUCUCUAUACGAAAUGAUAAGAAACGAAGUUCACAGACUGGAGGAAAAUGCACUUAACGAAGCUGUAGAUAAUUCAAUUGCCACACAAUUCUGCCAAUUUCUUAAUGCUAGGAGAGAUUUAAUAAUUUUAUACGAACAAAUUUACAAUUCAGGAGUGUCUUCAAAGCACACUAAGUACGAAGAGAUUAAAAACCAGGUCGAAAUCUGUAUUGAAAAGUAUAAGUGUUCUUUUACGAACCCGACAUUGUUGCACAUAAAAAAUCUGUUCGACUGGGAGACGGAUGUUCUGAUGAACCUGCUCAGAGCCCAAAUUGCUCUCCAACAUUGGGACAUGGUCCAGUCCACGAUACACUUGCAUACAGCCCAUUCCAUUCUGAAUACAUGGGAAAAAUCGCUACAAAGCAAAGAGGUACAGUCAGAUAAGAAGAUUGGCAUUAUAAAAAAAUUUCUGCAGACUUGGAAAUUGGGGUUCCUCAAGGGAAGUCAGCUGCCACAACUUUACCAGUGGCUUGUUAAACUUAAAUACGCCAUGGUAAAUAAAUAUACGUUUUACUUCUACCAAACACUCUCACAACAAGCGGCACCUCAGGAUACCAGGAAUUACCUUUCUACUAGGUUCAAUACAGAUUUGAUCCUCAAGUUUCAAAAUUUGCAGAAGAAAUGUUUUGCAACUUGUGUCCUUUUGCUGUUCGAUCCGAAAGGCCUGCCAGAAUGGACCGGGCCUGGUUACCAUCAUCCAGCAAGGCCAAAAGAAACCCACGACCAGCAUAUUAUCAUGAACGCACAUCCUUAUAAAAUGACGGAGAAAUUGCCCAUCAUGACUAAAAUACUUUCAGAAAGAAACGCAUCGGCUAUGGAACCAGAUAAAGUCGUCUCGUUUUACGACUCUCAGGACAAGUGUUCUUACUUCAUGUGCAACAUCGACCCAAGGGUGACUCUAGUCGUUGCGUUAGAAGGGAAAAAAGAAGAUAGAGACUCAAAUUUAAAUAUAUACAUGAUUGACUUUUGUACUCAGGCGAGAUUCACUAGAAUUUUUGCGUCUUUGAAAAUAUCAAAGUGAAAUUCGAAUGUAAAUCGUUCCAAUUAAUUUCUUUGUUUUAAAUAUAAGAAUUUUUAAUAUAA